UUCAGGAUUAAUCGUCAUUGUGAAAUGCAUUCUAAUUAGUCCUCAUUACUGGAAGAUCAUCCGCUGUCGGCGGCUAUGAAUGCUAGUUGCAUUUGGCUUAUUAUCAAAAAACAAAAAGAGAAAGAAAGGAUUAGAAGUUGAUUUCCGGGAAGGAUUUUUGCUGGAAAGCUAAUUUCCAUCGAGGAUCUUUUUUAAUCCAUUUUUUUCUAAAAUUGUCUGCAGUACUGAAAACUGUUAUACGUUAGAUGUCGAAAUUGGGAAAUGCAGCAGUGGCGGCGACAAGGGCGCUAGCAAAUGCCAAGCGUUUUCCCCUCGUACUAUACAAGGGGAUUCUGAGAUUACAUUAUGGCUUGCCGAAAGAAAUGCGCAUGAUUGGUGAUCAGUAUAUAAAAAAUGAAUUCCGAAGACAUAAAAAUGUUUCACCAGAACAAGCUGUGAUAUUCUUGAAGGAAUGGAAGGAAUACUCAGUAGUCUUAUCAAAACAGCUAUCUAAUCGUGGCAUUGCAAAAGGGAUGUUAGGCGUCAAUUUGAAUUCCACAUUAUUGGAUAGUUUACAAGAAGGUCAACUUUGGCAACUAUACAAUUUAAAACUGGAAGCAGAAAAGCCCAAAAAGUGACAGUAGCAUUAACAACCGAUUGUUAGUUGUAAAAAAAAACUAUUAUUUGUAAAAUACUUGUGGAAUUUAAAUUUGCUAUUUUAGGAUUUUUUAAUGCAUUUAUUGAAGUUACUUAAAGAAUUUGAAAAUCUCAAGCUGACAGGAGAAGAAAAUCGGAAUACGAGGAAAGGGUCGUAUAGAAAUUAUUGAUGGAAAUGUUCUAGAUUGUUUAGCAGUUUAGUUAAAUUUAGCGAGAACAAUUGUUUUUGAAGAUAUCAUAAGCAUUAUUGUUGCCACUAAUCCUGCUAUUUUCCAUUAACUUGUUAUAAAGUAAAUAAAACAGUCCAG